AUGUGGAAAGUUGGGAAUGGUGAGAGGAUUAAUAUCUGGCGAGAUGCUUGUCUUCCAAAUAGACCUCCAGUGCACUGUAAUUGGCGUGUUGUUCAUGACUAUGGUAUUCAGAAAGUGUCUCAUUUGAUUUCUUAUCUCCAUGGUGGUUGGAAUCGGACUUUACUUGAUAUGAUUUUUCCUCUACUGAUUGUUGCUUCAAUUCUAGCUAUCCUUUUGGCUACCAACCGGGGAGAGGAUGUUUUAUUCUGGCCCAUGGCUCAGGAUGGUUUUUACACAACAAAGCUUGGAUAUAGGUUUGUGUCGAAGCACCAGCAUGUUGGGGUGGCAUCAUCUUCUUCUAAAGUGUUUUAUCCUCCUGAUUUCUGGUCUAAAAUUUGGGGUUCCAAUGCUCUACCUCGUUGCAAGGAGGUGGUUUGGAGAGCGUGCUUGUCUGUUCUUCCGGUUCGUGUCCUGUUGAGAGCUUGUGGGAUGGAGGUGUCCACGGAAUGCCCGUUUUCUGCUGAUCAUGAGGAGUUUGUGGCUCAUGUUUUGUUGUUGUGUGAGGCAGUUAGAGGUUGCUGGUUUGCAUCAAAUCUUGGAGUCUGUUGGGAUCCUUCGUCCUCUUCUUUUGGAGAUGCGAUGCAAGCUUUAGUGUCGGCCAUGGAUGCAGAGGAUGUGGGGCGGGUUUGUGCUAUGAUCUACGCUCUAUGGGAGGCACGCAACCGAGUGAUCUUUGAUGGACAACCUUUUGAUCUGGGACGGGUGCUGCAGCGGGCUCAAGGGCUGCUAGCAGAUGAAGGAGCAGCUUCAGUUCAGUUGCGGAGAGCUCCGGUGAUGCAUUCGACAUGGCAACGGCCGAGUUGUUGUGUCUAUAAGGUUAAUUUUGAUGCAGCUAUGUCCCAGGAUGGAGUAGCAGGGUUUGGCAUGGUGGUGCGCGACGAGGAAGGGGCUGCUUUCGCUGCUGCUACAGCUUCUAGUUUCUAUGCUCUCUCGGAGGCCGUUGGUGAGGUGAUGAGGCUUCGUUGGGCUAUGUCUUUGGCGGUUGAUUUGGGUUUUCGUUCAGUAUGCUUGGAGACGGAUUGUUUGCAGCUGUUUGAAGUUUGGAAGAAGGGUGGUGUGGGUCGCUCUUACCUAGCCACAUUGGUGCAGGAAGCUCGUUCUUUAUCUAGUUUUUUUGAUGUUGUUAAUUUGUCUUUUAUUCGUCGUACUGGUAAUUGUGUUGUUGAUUUUUUUUAG